AAUGUUCAUUGUUUGCCUUGCUUCUGAAGCAAUUACUUAUUUCUUUCGGUCCUCACUCUAAUAACGGUUUGCUACAUUGCAUAGCCAGCACGUCUGUCCUAUUGUGAUAACGAGAUAUAAUCCUAUUAAAAGCUGGUUAUUUACAUCUUGACUUACAGCAUGUUGUUAGUUCUGAUAUAAUGAAAAUCUAUCAGGGAGAACAGGUUGUAUUAUUGAGUAUGGCGGAAUUAAUGGCACAGUGACUACCAAAGUCUUCAAUUAUUCCUGUCAGAUAAUUAAUAGGUUAUUAAUUAUCGUUUUAACACAGGCUGUUUUAUCACAACUGGAAAAGUUUUAAUUUUAAAACUAGCAAUAUUUUUAGUUUUUAGUUAUUUUAGUGAAUAGUUUCUGGUGAACAUGUUUCUCUCUUCCUCUCGAGGUGUUUAAUGGUGUAGUAAGACAAGUAGCGGGGAAAAGAACACGUAGAUCUGGUGCCGGCGGCCAUAUUCCUCUAAAACACGUCGAAACGGAAACGUCUAAAGAUUUAAAACAUUUCAUGCGCGCUUGCGCAUUAUACAUAACUGUGUGAUUUCAACGUGGGUGAAUAUGUCUGUAUUUUAACACCACAUAAAGACAAUUUACACGAUAGCAUCUUGCAGUUAUGAAACGCCCGCAGUGGAACAUGGUCCUCUUUGUGCUGGGCAUGGCGGCGCUGUGUCGAAGUCAGACGGACAAGGGUCUGACUCUGUUAGAGACCACGGCGGUCAUCAUCGGCCUGCAGCAAUACUUCCGGUCAGGAUGUGUGUUCUUCCUGUAUUCAAAUGUUCGUACAGAUUAUGAGCUACGAGAUGAGCUGAUGCUGGUACGUCUUAGGAAGAGACUAUCUCAGGGCACAGUCACAAGCGCGGCCCUUGACAUUGACACAGGUCAAGCAUUUCUGAAACACCUUCUCUGUCCGAAGAACCGACCUAUCAAUGUUUUAGCAUCAGAUGACCAAAAUGCAAUGCUCUCUCUGAAGAAGAUGGCGAGAGAAGCAGAAUUCUCACGUUCAGUGUGGCUGUUGCUGCUGAAUGUGGGAACAAAUAUCGACACAUUCUUUGCUGAUAUUGACGUGCUGGUUAACAGUGAAGUGUUUGUGACACACCGACCGAAAGAUUAUGUCCAGCUGACAGAAGUGUACCGCGUGCGAAAUGGCUAUCCACUUCAGAAAUAUGAGUUUGGUACUGUCAGUGCUCGGUACGUUUUAAAAACUACAAAUGUAGACUACUAUGAAAGGAGAAGCAACUUGCAGGGACUCAUCAUGGAAGCUCUAACGAUUCACGAUCUCCCAUACGUCUCGCUUUCAUCCAACCCUGAUGGCUCUCACAACAUGACAGGGGGGUUCUUUGGUCUCGUGUGGAAAGACUUUGAGGAGAAACUGAAUUUCAAAACCAACUUUACUUACUUAGAGCCAGGAUUAAACAAGUACGAAGUGGACGGAAGAAAAACGGACCCUUACAACAAGAUGGUGGCCGAUGUGCGCAGAAGGAAAUACGACAUCGCUGUGGCAGCUCUUCACACUGUCAGCGAGCGAGCCAAAAUUGUGGACUACACGUAUCUCAUGCACAGGAGCAAGUUUGUAAUAGUAAUGAAACCGGCUGCCAACGAAGACAUGGCGUGGAACCAUUUCUUCGGACCAUUUCAUCCCUCUCUUUGGUUCGGCUUGAUUGCUUGCAUCUUGGUAAUAGCAGGCUGUCUGUCACUAUUCCACUACGUGGGACAACGCCUGGCCUACCCUGAGUAUGAGACACCGAAACAAUACACUUUCUUGGUGUCCAUUUUCUAUGUGUUCAGCAUGUUCUGUCAACAAGGCCAUGACGUGACACCUAAGUCUUGCGCGUGUCGCUUGGUAUACUGGCUGGGGUACGUAACAGCCGUAGUGGUGCUUGCCGCCUACUCAGCUACUCUGAUCUCGUUCCUGACGAUCCAGAACAAGGAACCCCCCGUCAAGACUCUAGAGGCCCUUGCCAAAGAUCGCUCUUACGAACUGGGAAUGAUGGAAAAGUAUCUCAGGAUUAUCAGAGGUAAUUCAGAACACGGAAUCACAAAAGAAAUAUAUGAAAGCAAGAUCGUACCGGACCCCAAGAAUAUUGUCAACACAAGCUUGGAAGGAUUACAGCGCGUCUGCAACGCCAAGUACGCCUUCUGGACAAGUGUUGAGGCUGUGAAAGAAGUCGGAGAUUCAAUAGACUGCAAUAUCGCCUUUCUAACAUACAGCCACAUUUUAAAUUUAGCUAUGAUAGUCACUUACAACAACCCUUACAGGCGUUUGAUUAAUCAUCAGAUCUCGCUGAUGCAAUCUGGCGGCGUACUGCGCAAACACAAGCUGGACUCGUGGGCGGCCCAUGUGCCCGAGGCCCAUAACACGUGGACCAGCGUUAGUGUUGGGCAGAUAUCGCCACUGUUGACCAUUUUAUCAGGAGGCGUUACUAUUUCUCUGGCGCUCUUACUGGCCGAAACUGCUUUCAGCUGGUGGCAGAAACAAAUUCAGCAACGAAACACAUGGUCAGGACACCUCAGCAAGCAGUUGCAAACACAGCACCUGUUCUUCCGGGUUUAAUGGCAGAGGUCUGUUUUUCACAAAAUGUGGAUGUGCCACUUAAGCAACAGAAACAAGUCCAAGGAUUCACAACGCUCCACAGACUGCAAGGCCAAAAUUGACAUAAAAGUUAAGAAGCUCAACAGAAACACUAAACGGAAGGAUAAAUAUUUGAGAAGGGACCCUCCUUUAAGUGCAGUUAUGCAUUUGGUGCUGAAGCACAACCACCAUGUUCAAUGUGACAGUGUGUUAAAAUAUCUGAGAAUAAGCCAAGAAGUUACAGAAGAGUUUGAAUGCUACUUCAGGGAUGGCCUGACUCCUAUUGAAGCAUGUGAAGUUCAUGAAAUGAAAAUUAAGCUUAAUGGAAAUGCAGACAUUAACCUUGCUGAUGGUUCUCUAAAUCCAUCUUUGAGGAAAGUAUAUCAUCUUUUCCAUAAGUGGAGAAGGGUAACAGCUGCAGGGGCCCAGCCCAUCAAAACUGAUACAUUAAGAGAUCCACUAAAAGAAGCAGUUCAGUGUUUGAAUAACCACAGUACCCAACUGUGCUGAUUUGUAAGUCAAAGAAUAGUCAACAGUACAGCAUUUUGAACUGUUGCAUCAUCCAAGUUAUAAAAAACAAAAAAUUCUGGCAAUAACUGUCUAUUUUCCUUUCAUUAUAAUUUGGGUAUCUGAUACAAGUAGAAAGAAAACUUCAGUAUGUAUGUAUGCAUAAUGAAUAUAUUUCCAAGAGGU